GAGCCAUCUUCACUAAAAAAAACCUUUAUUUUGUUAGGUUUUCGACGUGUUACGGUCUGUUAUUGCACAGUCACAGCACAGGUAGCAUUCAUGGAGGAAUUACACAGGACAGUUGGACCAGGCAGAUCAGUCUCCUUCAAAACCCAGCAAUAUCAAUCAACUAACAGACAAUGUACGUGAAGAUUCCACACAGCGCAAUUCUUGCCAUGAAGUUUCUCUGUCGGUCGUGGAGUCCAUCUGCCUCUAACUUCCAGCAGAUGUUUACAUCAACUGGCGUGUCUCCGUCACAUAACAACUGGAGUUCAGCCAAACAAGACGAAAAGCUGGACGAUGAGUUAAGCUCAGGGGAACUCGAAGAUCCAAAACUGGAGAUACAAGAAGUAAUGAAUGAGUUUCCACUUCAGAGUAGGAGCAGUACGUCCAGCAGGGGAUCUUGGUGGGGAAGCAAAUCCUUAACUAGCUUACUCAGACAGCACAGACUGAAGAAGAAAGAAGAUAUCCGGAUUCACACAGCUAGCGUUCACGCGGCUCUCUCUGUCACACGCUUGGCUGCUGCGAUUGCCAGCGUUGCAGCUGCCAAGAGCGGCAUAGAAUCAGUAGAAGUCGGUGAAGAUGGCAACCCCAUCAUCAUAAGCGACAUUCUUGCUUCUGCAGCAUAUCUGGUUGCUGCAGUAUGUGCCGAAGCUGCAGAGUCGUUGGGUGCGCACACCACUCAUGUUUCUUCUGCCAUCAACUCAGGCUUGGCUAUCCAAACAACCGGCGACAUGAUCACACUCACAGCUGAUGCUGCAACAUGUUUAAGAGGAGCGGCAGCACUCAAAGCAAGAGCCACCGCGGAAUCCUAUGUUCUCAAAACCCGAAAUCUGCUAGAAGUAAAAGGCGAGCUAUCAGUUGUCACUCCUUCUGGAAGCACAAGAUACGGGUGGGCGUCCAUAUACUCGAAGCACAGUCAGCUCAUGCUGAGCAUCCAGAAGAAGCAUCUGGGAUUCUUAGCAACAAGAAAGGAGUAUAAGAUUUUCCGUGUGAAGGAGGGAGAACAGGAAGCUCAGGGUUCCGGCAACUUUUCUAUCUGCCUAAGGAGCAACAGUGGAGAUAUCAAGCUCUUGUUUAAAGAUGAAAAUCAAACUUUGGUUUGGACAUCAAGCAUUUCUAAACUCUUACAGAUGCAUAGUUGACGUUCAGCAAAUCUGUAAAGGCUAUAGUUUCUAUUCAAACUCAUUGCUUAAAGACUGUAUUUCUUGCACUAUGUCAUUUGCAUUGCUCUUUAAGACAUUCUCCACAAAAAUCAGAUGAUGAUACAAGCUGAAAAGGGAAACAAUAACAAGGAACUGAACUGCAACAAUGGAGUUGUUUUGAGUCUCCGACACAAAGCGAGAUUUCAUGUAAAAUAACACGACAAUUUAUCCGUUCUCUAGAUUAAAAGCUGCCAGAAGCACCAAAAAGGCCAUGUAUUUUUGUUUUCUCAACCUUCAUAGUAGAGAAAAAGACGUACAUAUUGUCAUGAUUGCACAAUUCUUACAAGAACUUCAGAAAGGCCAUGUAUUUUGUUUA